AUGUUGUACUUGGCAGGUUUAGCAUUCGCUUACUUGGCGCUUGCCGAUCCAAAAUCGUGCACCAACUCUCAAAAUUGUGCAUCUGGAGAUAACUGUCUAGAUGUCAAUAUGAAUGGUUCUCCUACAGAGGUUUGCACAAAAUGCGAGCCAAACAACGUCCCGAUCGACGGGGCGUGCAAGCCGGCCGCAGACAACACGAACAGCUGCGUAACCUCGGAUAGCGGGGCCGGCGGGGUUUGCGCGUCGUGCCAGGGGAGCACCUACCUCUACAAGGGCGGGUGCUACGCCGCGUGCCCUCAGGGAACACCAAACUCUGAGACUAACACAUGCGAUGGAGUCCCCGCCCCUGAUUGCAAUCUCGCCAACUGCGAGGUGUGCUCGGAGGACAAGCAGAAGUGCACAAAGUGCCAAAGUAACUACUUCCUCACUCCAGAGAAGAACGCUUGCUUGGCGUCUUGUCCGGCCGGGUCGUACGCGGUUGGGCAAACGUGCGCGCCCUGCGACCCCUCCUGUGCGGAGUGCAGCGGGGCCGGCGCUUCCAAGUGCACGGCCUGUCCCGCCGGGAAGAUGCUGAGGUACGCCGACGAGAGCAAGCUUAAUGAGGGCGGCCAGUGCGUGGAGCAAUGCGUGGAGGGCCCGGAGUGCGAGACGUGCGGCCUAACAAUUGGAGGUACCAAGUACUGCUCGAAGUGCAAGGGGAACAACGUGCCGCUCAAUGGCGUCUGCACAAGCAAUGCGGCCAGGACUCGGUUCUGCACCACUGUCGCUAACGGUGCUUGCACGGUCUGCGCCGCCGGAUACUUCAUCCAGGAGGGCGGAUGCUACAAGACUGACAGGCUCCCCGGGAAAAGCAUCUGCACAACGCCCACUGGGGAUGGAAAAUGCCAAACGUGUGCGAAUGGCUUGACAGCUGUCUCGAACAUGUGUCCAUUAUGCGACUCCACUUGUGCGACAUGCACCGUGGCCAAUCAACCCGAUAAGUGCAGCACGUGUCCACCUGGCCGUUACUUGGACGCCAGUAAAGCAUGCAAACUGUGUACAGAGACAAGCGGUAGCAUCCAGGGCGUCGCUAACUGCGCGAGCUGCGCUCCUCCAACUGGUAAUAGUGGUUCUGUCAUCUGCUACGUCAAGACGGAUGGCACUGACAACGGCGGAAGCACGAAUAAGAGCGGCCUCAGCACAGGCGCUAUAGCGGGCAUCUCCGUCACGGCGGUUGUCGUCGUGGCUGGCCUUGUGAGCUUCCUCUGCUGGUGGUUCCUCUGUAGGGGCAAGGCGUGA